AUGUCAGUAUGCUGGGAGACCAUUACUUCGACCAUCGUCGGGAUACCUCAUGAAAUAGUAAAUCUUCAACAAAGAUACAUGGAAGCACCUCUCCACCACUCUCAAAUCUCUAUUUCCAUCCUAUACCAACGUCUGAACGCUAGUAAUUUGUCCUCGCCCCCGGCCAUUAUGUCCUCGCAAGUCGUCCCAACCCAAGACUGGGAGGGAGACCUAAACGCUUAUGGAGCUGGUGAAGACGCAUCAUAUCUCAAUGGAGAGCCUGACUCCAACUACUGGGACGAUGCCUUUGACGACACAGAGAUCAUAAGAAAGCCAACGCGCCGUCCGCUCUGGGAGGAUGACUUCUUUGAAGACGAAGAAUAUUGGAACAACAACGAGGAAUCAGGGGUUGUAGAUAAGACUGCGCCAGUCGAGGUGUCACCUUUUCAUCAUAAGCGAUAUAUCGCACUAUUUGUCGUUCUAUUGUGGGUAAUAUCCUAUCUGUCGGGCCGCCGUCAGCGACAUAAACAAUACCUGCGCGGACUUAAGGCUCGGCGCAAAGCCCUCGGCAUACCGGAAGAAGACGAUCGCGAUUUUGACAUUGCAUACGACGCGGCAGGUCAACGACAAAGAGACAAAGAAAAUAUGUGGAGAAUUAAGAAUGGAUUAGCCCCCCUCAUGGAUGAUGAGUUUGGCAAUACUAUUGCGCUCACCGAGUGGGACGAGUUUGGUCGGCCUUUGCCACCCAAGCCUACGCCAGAACAGCUCGCAAAGGAGAAGCGCGAACGUGAAUUAGCGGAGAGAAAGGAACGGUUCAUUCAAGAAAAGUACGCCAAAGGCGAGUCUUGGGACCCUGAUAAGGUGUUGCCAGGCUCCUCCGACGAUCUAUUUGAGGACGAAUUCGAAAGGAUUCUACGCGAAGAACGUGAGGCAGAAGCUCGCCUCACUGAGGAGCGGACACGAAAAGAGCUCAGGACAAAACAAAGCAAGAAGCCCCGAGCUAAUGAGGCCCAAAGCACUGGUCUCCGACGAAGACGCUCCGACGCUAGCACUGCUCCUCGCUCACCAGCCGUGUCUCCAGUCCGGAUGGCCUCGCCACAAUACCCCGGCCCAGCGCCUCCUGGCCAUUUCCCAGUCGAAACCCCUGUCGUAGAACAAUACGGUUCGUGGUAUCCACCACAAGCACACAUUGUACCUCAAACCUCUGCACCCUCUCGGCCUGUUCAACCUGUCCAACUUGUCCAAUACCCUGUUGCUAUUGCCGCCGUCCCCGUCGAGGCACCUUCGGCCAUGGUCAUCAUCCCCGAAGUUCAGAAGGCACCUUCCGUUUCUUCCUCUUCCAAACGUUCUAAGCAGAACAAGAUGGAAGUUGACGAAUUGCCCAACCCCGACAAGCCGGAGAAGGUCCACGGCAAGAAACGAGUAGCCACUGAUGUCGAUACCACCGAGUAUAUGGAGCUCGACCAGGACAACUCAGAAGAGCAAGCACGCUCGACGAAGCGCUCGAAAAAAGAGUCUCAGGCCACCAAAAAGGAACCUGAGGCGACACCAGCUACAACUUCCAAGGCUCCUGUCCGUAACCCGGCAAUUGAGCAAAUCACCAGGGCUGCCAAGCGUACACGUGCUCAGGCUGCAUCUGAAACUGACACAUACGAGCCCGAGGUUGCAAGGAAGAGGCUCAAGACUGAGACCACAACUGAACUCGAGCUCGAACCACCGCUCACGGCCACCCCAUCCAAUAGCAGGAAGAGCCAGGCUCUUCUGGCCAAUGAGACCACCCCUCCUACUGUGGAUGAUGUCGCUACGACUCAGGAUCAGGAAGCAGCUACACCCAAAACGUGGCUUGAGGCUGAUGGUUGUACCUCUACAGACCCUCUCUGCAAGAGCAGGAAGGUCGGGAAAAUGUGGAUGAACAGGAAGUGGGGAUUCAGAGUAGGCAUGGACGGACUUCGUGAGCGACUCUGCGAGAUUACAGUCAGACGCAAGCCCUCGCGUGCCAUCAGACUUCCAACCGAAGACGAUGUUUUCCAUGCAUGGUUCAACGAUGAGCAGUACACUCGGGCCAAGGAGGACUCUUCCAUUGAUUCGGAGAACUACGUAUUCGUCUCCCUCGAGCCUGUCGACCCACGACUUGCGCUCAACGACCCCAUGCUCGAUGCUGCCUCUAAAUACUUGCGAAAGGUCAAUCCUUCCCCGAAACCGAUUUAUCCCAAAUCGUCGUCCGCAGCGAAGAGGGCUGCCUCGAAGGCUGCUGCCUCUUCUACUCGCAUUCCAGGAGGCAGCACUAUCGCCGCAGCUUCCACGGCUGGAUCUGGCAGCCCUGACCUCUCGAGGUUUAUCUUGCCACCUCACCUCGCGAUGCCGCCUCGCAAAGCCAUGAGCCAACGUUCUCCGGUCAUCCCUGUGCGAGAGGUAGAAGAGCCAAAGGUCACCUCUAUCCCUAUCGCACGCGAGCAGCCCACAGCAGAGAACACCUCACCAGUCCCUGUACCUGUUAUGCCAGAAGCGCCAGCUCAGGAAACUAUCAUCAAGGAAGCAGCUCCGGUUUCUUUGGCACCACCAGUCGUCCCAGUAUUCCCCGCUACUGCCUAUACCUGGCCACCCCCAUCCACCCCAACUCCAAAGGUCACACCGGCCAUCACCCUCCAAGCGCCUACUCCCCCUUUGACCCUUACCCCAAAGCCUGCAGAGGUUACACCCUUGCAGCCCACCAUUUUCACACAACCACCUCCAAUUCUGUUUGGUAAGCUAAGCCUCUUCCAGGAUCUAUGUUCAAAGCUGACAGAACCCGUAGGUGCCAAACCAACCGAAAAUGCUCCUACUUCAAAUGCCAGCUCUGUUAGCACUUCGAAUACUCCCACCUUCCCUUUCCAAAUCUCAGCUAGCACUCCGUCGAUCUCCUCAUCGACUCAAAAGCCGAACUUAUUCUCCCUCGGUACCGCCCCCUCACAACAAAGCAAACCACCUGCGAUCCCUAAUCUAUUUGUUAAUAAAGGAUCGGAGGCAUCCCUGCCGAAGACGACUUCAGCGCCCACUGUCAACCUGUUCGGACAACCGAGUGGCAUUCCAAAGCCCAAUCCCAUUUCAUUAACGUCUGUAUCGAGCCAACCACAAGCAACGAGUCCCAGUCUAGCUGUGGGCACUCCAACCCCUGCCCAAGCCGCGACAGCGAGUCCGUUUGGCAACUCAAACAGCUUAUUCGGAAAGCCUACGGCUUCCUCUCCGGCCGUGCCUCUUUCUGCUCUGCAGCCUUCGCCAUUCAGUUUUCAAUCAAGUGGUCCUAGCGGAUCUACACUGAGUGGAGGAUCAAGCUUUGCCCAGAGCAGUACGGGCCAUGCUCCUACGCCAUCUGCUUCAUGGACUAGUCUUGGGGCUUUUGGAACAUCCAAUGCCACCCCUCAACCUGGCUCCAACGUGAACUCCGGGAUCAACCCCUUCCAUAACACUGGAACCCCAGUCAUCGUUCAAUCUGUCUUCACGCCUCCCUUGCCCAAAGUAAACUUGGCGCAAUCGCCAGACGGGAAACCCGAAGGCGCCCCUUCCUCGAACGAAUUUAUGGAAGAGGAAAGAAAUGCCCUGUUUGCCGCAGGGGGACCGGAACCUGCCCCUGUGAGCUCAGCGUUUGAUCCAGCGACCCAACAUCAGUUCCCGUUCCAGGUUGCGAGCUCCAGCAAGCCGCCAUCAGUCGUAUCUACGCCCGCCCUUCCCAACAAGACGAUCACUCCUGCCACUCCCAGUUCAUCGCGUCCUAUUGCUACUCCUUCCGCACCAUCGACACCGGGUUCGGCCAAUUGGCCUCACCCACCUCUCGAUACCUCCGGAAACAGCAUGGAUACAUCGGGCGGUCCUCCUCCGUUCACUUUUGGAGCUCCUCCUACCCCUAGUACUAAUCCUUUCGGUGGACAAGGGUUUGGAGCUCCGAGCACUUCAACUGCGAGGCCCCCAAAUCCCCCAACUGGAAACUCAGGAAAUGGUCAUCAUAUUGGGCAAUCAUCAGAUCCGAGCAAGCGACCACCUCAGGGAGCAACUGCCGACAACCGUAUUUAUUCAUCUAAUAAGCGUCUCCGCCGAAUGCUCGAGAACCAGGCUAAUGGAAUCAACUCUCCUCAAUCCCCUCAAAUUAUCCAACCACCCACCCUUAAUACCACCACGGUGCAGCAGCAGCAACCACAACCAACUCCUGGGUUCACUUUGAACCAAGGUCUUACCCCCACCGUCCCCUUCCACUUUAAUCCAAGCGGUCCGGCCUUCAAUAUGUUCAACGGUCUAGGCGGAAAUCCCUUUGGCAUGGGUCACAAUGCCAACGGGUUCUGA